AUGAAGUUUGGUAGCAAUGAAGACGACCGAAACACCAUUGUCACCGGAACCCUACCCACUCUUCCCUUCGAUCUGGUUGCUGAGAUUUUUUGUAGGCUUCCGGUGAAGCUCCUCCUUCAACUUCAGUGCCUCGGCAAAUCGUUGAAAUCUCUAAUCUCCGAUCCUAAAUUCACAAAGAAGCAUCUUCAGUUUUCAAAGGCUUUCCAGCACAACCAUCACCUCAUCGUUAACAUCCCGGGAGACAUAGGUAAGCUAAUUAUGAAGGAUUGCACAAUUCCCUCUGUUUUCAACGCAGCUAUGUCAACCUCUUGCAUCAAGCCUACCAAACUCAGGUUCCCUGAUAUUUUGAACACUGUAAGUGCCUAUAAGUUGUGUGUUUCAUCUUGCGAUGGGAUUCUUUGUUUCACCUGCGAAUAUGAUACAAUUGCUGGACAUUCUGUUGUUUUGUGGAACCCUUCCAUCAGGAGAUUCAAUAUGUUUCCUGUGAUGGAAAAUCCAGGAAAAAGAGUUCCCCAUUCUACCAAAUAUAAUUUUGGAUAUGGUCAUUCCACUCAUACUUAUAAGAUUGUUGGAGUUUCUUUUUUUCCUGACAAAAGUAAUGAAGUUUGUUGUUAUACUUUGGGUACGGAUUGUUGGAGGAGGAUCCAAGACUUACCAUAUGGCUCCACUAGUGCAGUAGGAGUAUUUGCUAGAGGUACCAUUAAUUGGUUGGCAUAUGAUUCUCAGAGUUCUUCACAUAACAUUGUUUCUCUUGAUUUGGAGAAGGAGUCGUAUCAAAAGCUUUUGAAGCCUAAUUUGGAGACAGAUAGUUGGUCCUUGAGGGAAUCCAUGGAUUGCUUGUGCAUAUUUGCACGUUUCGAGAAAUUUGUGGAUAUUUGGAUUAUGAAGAGAUAUGAUAAUGAAGAGCCGUGGAGUAAAUUGUACCGUGUUCCUUACAUGCAUGAUUUGGCUCAAUUAUACCAUGCUCCUUACUUGCAUGAUUUGGAUCUCAAUCCCAAUGACGAUGCUUUAUAUAUCACGGAGGAUGACCAAGUGCUAAUGUAUUAUAGAAAUUUGGUGCAAUUGAUGUUUACUGUCUAUGAUUCCAAAAGUGGUACUUUUAAUAUGUCAGUGCCUCAAGACAUUAAUGGUUAUUUUAAUCCAGAAGUCUAUGUCGAGAGUUUGAUAUCACCUUGUCCUUGA